UUGAGGAAAAGACACUAAAUCCGGGAUAUGUUUAAGAAAAUGCAUAUGGGAUGGGGGGGGUCUCUCUUAUUUUUCUUUUUUAAUCCGAAGACGACUUGACUGGGAAAGGAAAAGUCAGAACUACUAGUAGUAAAUAAGGCGGACGAAGGGGUAUUUUAGUAAAAUCGAGAAGCAAUCAGCAGGGGGGCAGUAAGUAACAACAACCCACAGCCGCGUUUGACAUUGUCUCGGGCAGCAAAACUAGGCAUCUUCCUCGCCAUGGAUUCUCUUCUUCUUCUUCUUCUUCUUCCUCGCCUGUCAAUUUAUUGCUGCUUUCCGUAAAAACCCAGUUGACGAGUGGGAGAAGAUAAACUACGCCAAACAAAACCUUUUUUCUUUCCUUUUUCCUUUUAUUUUGCCCUAACCAAAAAAAUAAAAAAGUUUUAAUAAUCCUUUUCAUUUCUGAAUCUCGAUCGGAGAUCUCGGCGAUGGCGGACAUCGUAAAGCAAAUCCUAGCCAAACCGAUUCAACUGUCUGACCAGGUGGUCAAAGCCGCUGAUGAGGCUAGUUCCUUCAAGCAGGAGUGCGCCGAACUCAAGGCCAAGACCGAGAAGCUCGCUGGUCUUCUUCGUCAGGCUGCUCGUGCCAGCAACGACCUUUACGAGCGCCCCACCCGCCGCAUCAUCGAUGACACCGAGCAGAUGCUUGACAAGGCUCUCUCCCUUGUCCUCAAGUGCCGUGCCAAUGGUCUCAUGAAGCGCGUCUUCACCAUCAUCCCCGCCGCCGCCUUCCGCAAGAUGUCCGCUCAGUUGGAGAACUCCAUCGGCGACGUUUCCUGGCUCCUCCGCGUCUCUGCUCCCGCCGAAGAUCGCGGCGACGCUGGUUACCUCGGUCUUCCCCCUAUCGCCGCCAACGAGCCCAUCCUUUGCCUCAUCUGGGAGCAGAUUGCCAUUCUCUACACCGGCUCCCUCGAAGACCGCUCCGAUGCCGCCGCCUCCCUCGUUUCCUUGGCCCGUGAUAACGAUCGCUACACCAAGCUUAUCAUUGAAGAAGGAGGCGUCGUCCCUCUCCUUAAGCUUCUCAAGGAAGGUAAGCCCGAAGGCCAGGAGAACGCCGCUCGUGCCUUGGGCUUACUCGGCCGUGAUCCCGAGAGCGUUGAGCACAUGAUUCACGGCGGCGCUUGUUCCGUCUUCGGCAAAGUCCUCAAAGAAGGUCCCAUGAAAGUCCAGGCCAUGGUUGCCUGGGCUACUUCCGAACUCGUCUCCAAUCACCCCAAGUGCCAAGACGUCUUCGCUCAGCACAACGCCAUUCGGCUACUCGUUGGCCACUUGGCCUUCGAAACCGUGCAAGAGCACAGCAAAUACGCCAUUGCCACCAACAACAAAGCUACCUCCAUCCACCACGCCGUCGCUCUCGCCAAGGAAAACCCUAAUUCCACCUCUCCCGCACCCCUGGCCAAGGGUCCUGAUGACGAUCAGAGCUCCAUUCCACAUCCUACUGGGAAGCAGAUGCCUAAUCAGAUGCACAAUGUGGUCGUCAACACCAUGGCGGUUAGGGCAAAUCCUCCCAGGAAGUCGACGAGCAACAGUGUGAGCCAGAGUAAUGGUGUCAAGCUACCUUGCAAUCUUCAGCAGCACCAGAAUUCAACUUCGAGCGCAUCCAAGAUUCGAGAUCUGGAAGACGCAGCCACCAAGUGUCAGCUUAAGGCAAUGGCGGCCAGAGCGCUGUGGAAGCUGGCGAAAGGCAACUCCACCAUCUGCAAAAGCAUUACAGAGUCCAGAGCUCUCCUCUGCUUUGCUGUUUUGAUUGAUAAGGGAAACGAGGAGGUCAGGUACAACUCAGCUAUGGCGUUGAUGGAGAUAACGGCCGUUGCAGAGCAGGAUGCUGAUUUGAGACGCUCCGCAUUCAAACCCAAUUCCCCGGCCUGCAAGGCUGUGGUUGAUCAAGUGCUUAGGAUCAUUGAGAUCGCUGAUUCCGAGCUACUCAUCCCCUGCAUUAGAACCAUUGGGAACCUUGCUAGAACAUUCAGAGCAACUGAGACACGGAUGAUCGGGCCUCUGGUGAAGCUUCUGGAUGAACGAGAGCCUGAAGUGACCGGGGAAGCGGCUGUUGCUCUAACGAAAUUUGCCUGCACAGAGAAUUACUUGCACAAAGAUCACUCGAGGGGGAUUAUAGAAGCUGGAGGAGGCAAACAUCUGGUUCAGUUGGCCUACUUUGGAGAGAGUGGUGUUCAGAUGCCAGCACUAGAGCUCCUGUGUUACAUAGCACUCAAUGUUCCAGACAGCGAGCAGCUGGCAAAGGACGAGGUUCUGGCAGUGUUGGAGUGGGCUUCGAAGCAGUCUUGGGUUACACAGCUGGAGAGCUUAGAAGCUCUGUUGCAGGAGGCCAAAAGCAGACUGGACCUUUACCAGUCGAAAGGAUCCAGGGGUUUCAAUUUCAAUUGAUUCAUAGUUAUCGAUUUUUGAUGUUGAUUUCUUGAACAGCGAAUGCAGAAUACGUUGUGGUGUUAUUAUACUUACCCCUGUAAUACGUUUUUGUAGUUGAUCUUCUCUCUCUCUCUCUGUAUUUCUCUUGUUGAUCAUUUCUGUACAGAUUCAUAUAUCUGCAGACGAUAUCAUUGAUGAUUUGAGCCUUUUAAAAGUA